AUGAGAUACAUGGAUACUACCAAACUUACUGCUGAGAAUACCGAGCUGAAAGAUAGAGUUACAAAAUUGGAACAAAUGCGAACUCUAGUCACUAUUAAUAACCAAAAUGCAUCUUCUACAAAAGAUAAGAAAUCUAUUAUUACCGUUUCUACACCUGAACCAAUACACAGUUCAACCCAGAUACAGAAAGAGCCUGUAACAUCUAUAAUGUCUUCACAACAAGAUAUUGUUGAUGAUAAUUUGGCUAGUAGCCUUGAAUUCAUAGAAAUGAUACAUAAAGAAAAUAUUGCACCUACUAUUUCUUAUGAGCGAAAGAAAGAACAAGGCUUAAUUCAGGAAAUAACUGCAGGUAAUAGCCAGGAUGAUACAUCCCCAUUUACCCAAGUUCAUGACUCCAUAUCUCAGGAAUAUGCAACUGAAAUUUUGCUGUCUUCAGGUCAGGAAAAAUCGAGCAUCUUCCAAAAUAUCGCCCACUUAUAUGAAAAAGCAUGUGAUGCGGAACAUGAAUCAAUAAAAGCUAAUCAGGCUGAAAUUUUAUGCUGGAGUAAUUUUAUUAUAGUACUUGACAAAAGUCUUGAUGAACUCAUGGUUAGGGAUAAAGACAAUUCUUCAGAUGACUUACCCAAAACUGAUGUAGAUGAGAAAACUUUACCGAAAAUUGAGGUGAGUACACUAACCAUACCUCAGCCCAAGCUUCAAAUUUCAGCAGAAUUAGCACAGUCAAAAGCCUCCUACGCUCCUCCAAAACUCUUCCCAUUCAAGAGAAAGCUAUCAAAAGAGAUGCGUAAUCCAGUUAUUAAUAAACUAACUUCACAUUUUACUGACUCACCAAAGUUAGAUAAAAAUUGUAGUAUCGAUACUGAAGGUGAGCAUCAAACUGAUUCCUAUUGGGUUCUCGGUUCACAUUGCCCACUAUGUAGAGAAAAUCAUAUGAGUUUAAAUGGUAAGUGGUGGCUAGAUAGUCGAAAUAAAAAUACAUAUUAUUUACAUUGCACUAAUUUAAAAGAGCCAGGAAUUCCAUACGAUGAUGUACUAAAAGCAUAUUCUAGUAAUUUGGAACUAAUUCAAGAGUUAAAAACUCAAAGCUUCACAAUACCCAUCCCUUGGAAUAAUGCUCUUAUCUUAUCAGAUAAAAGUAUAGUAGUGGAAGCAUAG